UUCCAGGGGUUUCUACUUCUUUUUUGAAAACAUCGUACAGUGUCUGUCUAGCUCAAGUCUCCUGGUUGGCUGGUGAUAGCCUGGUGUCAAACUGUUGUUAUAGCCCGUCCGAGACAUUCAUGUCCACCUCUGAUAAGUUGCUCAAUAAGAAUCAAGAACUUCAUCAAAAGACGACGAUGUUUUUUUCUCAAAAGACGCUGUUGGCGUUAAAGCCUGUUGACAGUAAAGACAGACUAUAGACUGAUACUACAGACUAUACGUCAAGGCCUCUGAGGCCUAACUCGAGGGCGCAAGGCCAAACUACAUUUCCCAUCCCCCCCUCGGUGAUGCAAGCGCGUCACGAAGGAAAGUGGGAGGUAAUGUGGAGACUGCAAAUCGACAAGUCGCAAAAGCAACAUUAGCAGACCUUCGCCUGGAGCACAACUACAACGGUUAUCGCGACUUUCACUCGUUUUUUUUUAUUAGAUUAGAUUGUUUUAACAAUGGUAGCAACAGCAUUGUUCGCUUUCGUGACUGUUCUAUCAUCGAUCGAAAAACGUCCCAUCAUCGACCAGACUCAGCUGAUUAAAGUACCAGAAGGAUCUAAUUUGACUCUACAGUGUCAAACUGAUCCAGAGAUCAACCUAACAAACUUCACCUUGGACUGGAAGAGAGUGGACAUCCCAAAUGUCUCAGACCGCUUUGUCUACUCCCGUCGUCGUGGGACAGAUCAUCCUGAGGAACAGAUACAGCGAUACAAGAACAGAGCAGAGCUGAUUAAAGAGGACCUGACCAGAGGACGGAUGACUCUACUGAUCCCCACAGUCCAGCAGUCUGACACAGGACACUUCAAAUGCUUCAUCCCAAAGCUGAACGUCAGCUUUGUUUUCAACAUUAAUGUGACAAAGAGAGAGGAUGUCGCCAUGACGACGUCUCCAGGAUACAGAGUCAUGAACCCCACUGUGUCUGGUCCUGUAGAGAAGAGAAGCUACUGGAUCAUUCUUGGUGUCUGUAUUUGUUUCCUCCUUGUUCUUGGUUUCAUCAUUGGAGUCCUGUGAAGAACAGAGGGAUUAGGAUUUACAGACGGAGAAUAGGUGAAGAAAUGGGAAUGCUGAGAUGAAGGAGACAAAGAUGAGGACGAGGACGUCACCACAGUGAACGUGGUCAUGAACCUCCAGCAGGGUCGGCUGUGAUUCUGGAGGACUCUACCUUCAGUCAUUUAACUCUCAUCUUGAGGAUGAACUGCUGGAAUAUUUUAAUGAAUCUGUUCAUAUUAGAUGUGUUUAUUCUGUUAACUAUGAUAUUUAUUUCUGUGCUGCACUUUGACUUGACGAUUGUUUUCUACCUUUUUCUUUGUAGAUAUUUUAGAUAUUUUAUUCUUUCUUUAAGCCAAAUCACAGUGUUUCCAUCAUGUCUCUUUCAAUAAAGUGAAACAGUUUCAGAGCCUCAGUGUUGAACGUCUCUACUUCAGGGUCACAUGUGGGACAGCAGUAGGUUUUUGAUCCAAUUAGAGCUCUGUACAUGAGUCGUGUUUGAGUAAAUGAUGAAAUAUGUUAUUUUCUUCAAGUCAUUAUAGGAUUCAACCAAAUAUUUUAGAAUAUUAGGAUAUUUUUUCACUUCUGUGAUAGAAACUUUUCUUUUUAGUGUGCUAUCCCUUGUAUGGUAUUUGGGUCAAAUUGACCCGUUUCAGAUUUUUACAAGAAUAAAAAUGGUAAAAGUAUAAAUUUUUUUCUACCUGAA